AUGUCUUCUUCCUUUCCUCUCCUCCGUCUUCCCCGAUUGGUCCUGUGCGAGAUAUUCAAAUCGUUGAAUAUCGAAGAAAAAAUCAAACUCUCCUUCUGCUCCAGGAAAAUCUCUACUCAAAUCUAUAAUGCUCGUUUGUACUCUCAAAAAGUUAUAGUCGAUCUGAACAUGGUAUACCAAGGAAUCAAAGUUUGCUCCGAAAAUUACAGAGAUUCAAUUAAAAUCUCCACUUAUCCUGAUUUCUGGAAACGUCACAAUUCAAAUACUGAACAAUUUUCUAUCGAAUGUCGUGGAUUUUUAUCCGCUAUUGAACAUCUAUUGAAGAUAUUUCAAUGCAAAUUUUCAACUACUAUUUGUCACUGUGAUAGUGAUUUAUAUCAACCAACAAUUUCAAUGUUGUUUGAUCUGCAAGUGGAAUUCAAGAAGCUCAUUAUUGAACUUAACGGAUCAAAAAAUCAAAUCUUAUUGUGGAAUCAGAUAUCUAAAAAAUUUGAACUGAUCGAGGAUGUUGUAAUCUUUUCCGCUAUGAAUCAGUUCACUCCUGUUUUCGCUUCAUGGCCACAGAAUAUUGGUAUCACGAAUUCCGCUUGGUUCACUCUGGAAUAUUUUUUGGCGUGCACUAGCACUAGAAUUAUACUCGACGGGUCUCAUUUGGGUAACGAAGAUUUGGAUAUAAUACUCAAGAAUUGGAAAACUGGAGGAUUUCGGAAUUUAAAUUAUCUGAGGAUUCAUAGUCAAAGAAUUACAAAUAUUGGAGCGAUAAUUUUGGGAAUGAGUUUGAGCGAAUUAGAAGGGAAGGUUAUCCAAACUGAUGAUGGAUUAAAGAAGGCAACUAUUACAACUUCCUUCCAAAGUAUUGAAAUGUCUGUGACUCGAUUUGAAUAA